CAUGGGAUUUUUCCGGUACCAAAAUUCUGCCAAAAUCCAAAACUAAUUUUCUGCAUUAUUUUCAAAGAGAAAAUCGAGUCAAGUGUGGUUCUCGCCGGUUCGCUUCGUUCGAUGGGUUCCAGGGUUUGAGGUACCGCUACGGCGGAAAAGGUACAUCCAUUCUAUCCUGGGAGGAAUCAUUCCAUAACCUUGGAUACUAGAGGGGAAUAAGAUUUUUUAAGGAGAGAUAGUGAAUUCUAUCGGCUAGGACGCUUGCAUGUGUCUUUGCAUGUUUUCUUAAUCUUAUGUGUUUGUUUGUGUUGCAAAAAAAUAGUAUACGUGAGCAAUUUCCGCAACAAUUAGGACGAUUCCGGCGUCAGCCUUCCCGGUGGUUUCAUCCCACAACCCUAAUCUCGAGAGCACUUUCUGGAUCUCCUUGCUCAUUGUGAACCCGUUGUCGUUUAUGUAGAAGACUCUGAAUGCCUCUUCCAAAUCCUUCUCCAUCGCCGCUACGGAAGCCCCGACUGCUCGUCGCCGCCAUCCUCGAUCGAGCCGUAGAAAGCGAGGAACUUGUCGAAGUAGAGGGUGGGUUUACAGACGGAGGACACGAGCUCGUCGUUGGUGAAGUGGAGGUAUCCGAUUCAGUCGAGGAGUCAGCUGAGCUCAUCGAUGCUGAGCAGGCCGUCGUCGUUGAGCUGGUGGAAGAUCUAGCGGUGGUCGCUGGCGUGGAGCCCCGACGUCAUGAUUAGGUCGUGGCAGAAGGGAUUGGGUGGAAGUUUAUUGUUGUUAUUGGGGUGAGAUGAAGGAGGCGAGGCUACGGGGUGAGGAGCUGCACUGGAUACGGUGGUAAGGGACGCAACGCUGAUUGUUGUGGCUGGCUCCGUUGGCGCAUUCCGUCAAGUUUCUCACAUAGAAAUCCCUGGCUCUGCCCAGCACCCGAAUCGGGCAAGUAAUUAUCCCAACGAACAUGUUUUUUAUUGUGCCCUGCUUUCGAUUUCAUGGCGACGGCGUGAGAAGAUGCAAAAUUGAAAUUGGGGAUUUGCCGGGGUUUUCCAGAUUCGGGUCUUUGAAAUGUGUUUUAGAGAAAAAGAUUUGAUUUGGGGAAUUGAAUUUGAGGCUGGAGGGGAGAAGAAUUUUUUAUUUAUAGGGGUUUCAGAAAGCAAGUUGUGGGACGACGGUGGAGGGUUCUGCUAGAAAUUCAUAGUAAAAUGGCGACAUGUUUGGAGAUGGUGGCGGAGAGGUCGAGAGGAUAGAGAAAUGGGUUAGGUUGGAUUGAGUGUUUGGGUUGGUUAGGAGGUUUAAUUGCUUUGGGUUUUAUUUUUUUAUUAAUUGUCCCGAUGACAUGGAUGCUGACUGGAUGACUGGCUGGAUCAAAUUAAUUACGGAAAAUGACGGAAUGAUGAUUUUAUAAUAUGAUAAUAUGUAUUUUAUCGUUUUGUUACAAAUUAAAGGUUUGUGAUCAUUUGUACUAAGUGAAAAAGUUUAUGAUCAUUUAUGCUAAUUAUCCCAGAAUCGCACCAACUGAAUUGCUAUUCGUCGCCCUAAAGUUCAAUUUUUGUCGCCCUAAAAUGCAUCAAAUUGACACUUUUAACCUCUGACCCCGAUUUCUAACAAAACCCUAAACAAACAAUCCAUUUCCCUGGCCAGCCGCCACCAAACUCCUCUGUUCUCCGGUCACUUCUGCCGCUGUCGGAUUCUUCUCGCGGGCAGCUGUCCACCUAAACCCUACCAUCACCGAUGCUCGGCCUAUACUGUCAGAGUCGAUACCAAGUAGGAGGAAGAAGGCGAUGAAAAAGAAGGUCGGCGAAGCGGCGGAGGAAAUUGACAGAUGUUGAUUUCUAUGUUCGAGAAUUGCACAAGGUCUCUACCAAAAAAAAUUGCACAGGGACAUGGAAGUGGCGGCGAAGCGGCGCCGGGAAUUGGCAGACGCUGAUAAUUUUUGGAAACUUUUUUUAUUUGUAUAAUUUUUUAAUGGUUAUGUUUGGUGUAGUUGUAACUUGUAAAUCAUUAAUCUUUUAUAUUUUAUUUUGUUAUUGAGGGAUGUAUACUUGUAUGUGUUGGGAGCAAACGUCGCAACACUAAUAUAUGGACAAUUGGUCAUUCAAAUUACCUAAAAUUAAAUUAAGGAUAUUUAAGUAA